CCACUUUUUUCUAUUCCUUCGACUUUUAGGCUAAUCACAAUGGGCGCAAACCUCUCAAAGGCAAUGGGGAAGAUAUUCGGGAACAAGGAGAUGAGGCUAUUGAUGCUGGGGUUGGACGCUGCUGGAAAGACGACAAUCCUUUAUAAACUCAAGUUGAACCAGUCCGUGACAACGAUCCCGACAGUCGGCUUCAACGUGGAAACUGUGACGUAUAAGAACGUGAAAUUCAACGUCUGGGACGUUGGUGGGCAGGACAAGAUUCGACCCCUCUGGCGACACUAUUACACCGGCACGCAGGGUCUUGUCUUCGUUGUCGACAGUCAGGAUAGGGAACGAAUUGACGAAGCCAAGCAAGAGCUGCAUCGUAUAUUGAGCGACCGAGAAAUGAAGGAUUGUCUGCUACUCGUGUUUGCGAACAAGCAGGACUUGCCUGGAGCAAUGUCGCCUGCGGAGGUUACGGAGAAGCUGGGACUACACCGAAUGAGGGAUCGCUCGUGGUAUGUUCACCCAAGUUGUGCAACAACCGGUGAGGGUCUGUUUGAAGGCCUGCAAUGGCUCUCUCAGAAUGUGAAGAAGCGACAACAGUAAACGGCGUUAUGACCUUGAUCCGCCACCUCCUGUCUGUCCGUUCUCUAUUUCACGACGCCGACGCACAUGUUUUUCUUCCUGUCCCGCCCGUCUUCUGCUCUGGAUUCCCAUAGCCUUCUUCUCUUCUUUUCUUUCUUUCCUUCUCUUGUAUAUCUCUUUAUUGAAUACCCCC